UUUUUUUUUGAAUAAAAAAGUUAAAAAUAAAAUAUUUUGAUAAAAUACAAAAAGUCCAAACCAUCUCCAAACACAAAAAAGAAAGAUAUUCUUGAGAAUCUAAAGGGAAGUGUUAACCCCAAGAGUGAAAUCAUACAUAGUAUAUCUUCUACCCUCUGUCAUUGUUUUGAUUAUGAUACAUACUUGCCAUACAAAUUUAUAUGGAAAUACUGCUGACUUGUAUGGGCAUAUGGUUAAUUUUGUUAUUUCUGCGGUAACAUAGCUUCUAUAUUUAUGUAAAAUAAAAAAAGGUGUAAUACGAGUACUCUAUACCCCCCUCGAGUAUAUUUGCAUUGUGAAAUAAUAAUAAUUGUUAUUAUAACUUUUAAUGCUAUGGAAACAUAAUAAAAACAAAAAAUUAAAAAAAAAAAGAUCUCAGUGGUUAAACAAUCAAUAACGCAACAGAAGAUACAUAAAUUUAAUACAUAUACCUGCCUUCCUGUUUUAUAGAAGUUUCAACAACCCUCUGCAGUGUUAAUCUACGCGCUUAAGGUUAAAAAGAAAUAAAAUCCAACUCGGCUGUGAUGCAUUGUUGUUAACGUAUACUUAGCAUUGGACAUAAUCUUUGGUACGAUUUAGACUUUACUUAUAAAUAAAACAAAAAAACAAAAGCACAAACACAAAAUGGCGAUAGCAAGAUCCUUCAAAAUGUACCUGACUAUUUUCAUAGCAACAACAUGCUUUUACAUGGUACUGUAUCAGUACCAUAUGUCCAAAGGCAAUUCUGUGCUACCAGCAGAGGAAAUAAAGGCUUCUAAAACACGAGCCAAAAACAGAUCACUUCAAAAAUACAGUGUUAAUGUUGGAUCAACUCCAUCGGUAGAAUCCCUUGGGACCAACAACAUCAGUAACUACAUUAUAAAAGAUAGUACUCCUAGUGCUACCACAAUAACAACUACAACCACCACCUCCAUCACCACAAUCAUAUCCACCAAUGCCCAUACAGUCAAAAACAAAACUGCUGAAAAUCUGCCCCCCCCACUGUAUAUUAUAACCCCAACUUAUAGGAGACCUGAACAACUUGCAGAGUUAACGAGACUAGGAUAUACUCUUAAGCAUGUGGCCAAUUUAUUGUGGUUGGUAAUCGAAGAUGCAAACAAGACAUCGGAUUUAGUUAGCAAGACUCUUAACCGCAUAGGUAUUCCUUAUGAGUAUUUAAUUGCUCCAAUGCCAGAAGAAUAUAAAAAGAAAAAUAAAGCGAAACCUCGUGGGGUAUCAAAUAGAAAUCGAGGCCUGGAAUGGCUGAGAGGAAAUGCAACUGAGGGAGUUUUUUAUUUUGCUGACGAUGAUAACACUUACGAUAUUUCAAUUUUCGAACAGAUGCGAUAUACUAAGAAAGUUUCAAUGUGGCCGGUUGGCUUGGUAACAAAAUUAGGUAUCAGUACUCCAAUCAUACGAAAUGGUAAAAUAGAUGGAUUUUACGAUGGAUGGAUAGGAGGGCGAAAAUAUCCAGUCGAUAUGGCUGGAUUUGCAGUAAAUGUUAAAUUUCUGCUAGACCGGCCCAAAGCGAAAAUGCCAUUUAAACCGGGCUACGAAGAGGAUGGCUUUUUAAAGAGUUUAGCUCCUCUUAACAAUACUGAAAUAGAGCUUUUGGCAUCAGACUGUACUGAGAUCCUAACGUGGCAUACACAAACCAAAAAGAAUCCACCGGCGCAGAUCUUAAACAUGACAAAGUAUCACAAUACAAAUCUAGUCCGACUUGACGGAAGUCUAAUUCGCACAUAAAACCCCAACAAAAAAAGAACAACUUUUGGCACCGUUAAAGCUGGAUUGAAAGGUGUAAAAAUAACAUCACUUUCAUAAUACCUAUAAUAUUCGGGAAUAUUUCUAAAUAAAAAAAAAUUCCCAAAAGAAUAUAAAUACGAUUGGAAAUAUUUUAAUCGAUUGGUGAAAAUAAAUGUAUAGUUAUCUAUCAGUAUUAAAACAAAACAAAAAAAAAAAAAAAAUAAUAACUGCAAUAUUCUCUCCGCUGCUGUGUUAAAUCUACAAUCCAUUGUUUAUUUAUUACUUGAUUGAGAAGUAGAUACUGCUGCGAGAGCUCUUUUUUUAACUACAAAUUUUAUAAUAAAUUUACACUUACUUUCCAAAUAAAAAUAAAAAUAUUAAUUCCUAUUCAGCAAAUGGAAUACCAAAUAAAAAAAAAACAACAAAUACAAUCUUUUAAAAUACUUUUGGUACUUAACAUAACUCUGUAUAUUACUGUAAAAUUAAUUAGCACUAGUGUUUAUAGUUAUUAUUAUUAUUAAUAUUAUUGUAAAUUAGAUAGGAAUUAUAAAUUUUAAAUUUUUAAAGCACUAAUUAUUACAAAUU